AAAAAAGAAGGUGUCUUUAUUGGCAGCGAUCCUAACACACACCAAUGGAAGGACAAGAGAUGAGCUGGAGCGAAUCUGUUGAAGACCUCGUCGAUGGUGGACGGGUCGACGAAGCCAUCUCUCUUCUCGAGUCUCUAAUUUCGAAGCUCGAAACCGUAAAUUCGUCGCAAUUAGAUCAUCUUCAACUAUCCUCUGCUCUCUUCGACUUGGCCAAGCUCUACUCCACCAAAGGCUUCUCUCUCAAAGCCGACCAAGCUCGCUCUCGCUCACUCCUUGUUAGAGAACAAUGGUCUCACGACUCUAAUUCAAGGGAUUUAAAGAAUGCAAAUGAGGACUUGGGCAAGAAUUGCGUUGCACUUUAUGAGGCUUCAAGUGGUGAUGGGCCGUUAAAUGAUGAUGGGCAUUGUGGAAAAUCAUCAACAUUGCCCGACUCUGCUUUGCCUCACAAAGAAUGUCCAGAUGAUGAUUGGGAAGCUAUUGCAGAUCGUGCUCCGGAGGAACUACUUUCUCCACAGUGCUUGCCCGAAGUCUCGAAACUAUCACUGGAAGAUGCCAAUUCUCAAACUCCUAAGCGGCGUGGAAGGGGAAUGUUCGCAUACACUACUCAUGGCAUGUAUAGUGAUCAGCAGUCUGAUGGGUCUGUUGUUGAUAAUUCAGAAAAUGAAGCUGUAUGUGAUAGUUCAGAAGGAGAUACACAGAUAAGAAAUGUGAAAUACGGGACACGGCAUGUUCUUGUUCUUGCCGACUUUCCAACAAGUACUAGAACAGCUGACCUAGAGAAGCUGUUGGAGAACUUCAAAGACCGUGGAGUUGAGAUUCGUUGGGUCAAUGAUACCGUUGCACUUGCAGUGUUUAGAACACCAGCUAUUGCACUUGAGGCAUGUAACCAUAUUCAAUGUCCAUUCACAGUGCGCAUACUUGACGAGGAUGAUAUACUCUUGAGUUCAAUCCCUCCAAAAGAUCUCGAGCCGCCUCGUCAAAGGCCUGCGACAUCAACAAGAACUGCUAGAAGGCUGAUUGCUCAGGGAAUGGGAAUAAAGUUGCCGUCCACAAACUUUGGGUCUAGAGAACUGAAGAAACAGGAAGAAACCCGAAGGAACCGUAUAGUUUCUAGACAAAGUAUGAGGGACGAUGCUUGGGGCAGCGAUGCUAACUAAGAUUCUGAUGUUUCUGGUAUCUUUAACUUCAAAACUAUACAAAAGGUAUGGACAAUUUUUGUGGUGUGUUAAUCAAUUCUUAUGAAAUGAACUUAGCACCACAGGUCAUUUUGUGGCUAAGAUAUAGUUGUAAAUGAAACCUUAAUCUACUUGAAUGAUCAAAAGCUACCGACAAUUUGACGGUGUUGUUUAGUUGAAUCAUAUGGUGUGAUGUCAAA